AUGGAUGCUAGUUUGCUUGUUAAAGUGGAAUCUGCCAGUGUAGGUUCUGUAGAUCAAGUAAAUGAGACGCAAAAUACACAAAGUUCUUCUAGCCUGGACUUGUCCGAUCUCAGGAAAGAGGAGGACUGUGAGAAACGAACACAUGAAAGACAAGAGGAUGGCAAAGUAUUAGAGACUGAUAAGAAAGACCAUCAGAUUAGCCAUGAAGAAGGUGAAGAAGAAAAAAAGCCUAAAAAUGAAUUAAAAGAGGAAGAUAUGGCAUCAGCGCAUGAAAACUGUGGGCAAGAACGGAAUGAGCAUGAGGUUGCUGAGGAGAAACUGGAGAAUGUACAACAGGUAACUUUUGAUCCAAGCCCCCAGCUAGACCCUGAUGGAGAUGUGAAUAAGGAGAGCGCUGAGGAUGAGCACAUUAAAGUGGAACAGGAAGACAAAACGCUAUGUGGCAACCUAAAAGACAACAUGAAGAUUGAAGAAAAAGAGGUAGAUGAGGAAAAUAAGGAAGAGAUGAAGCAUCCGGUGGUGGAGAAAUCACUGGAGGUAAUAAACAACAUAAAAGAAAUGGGGCAUGAGAGUUCAGGACAAUAUGAGGAGCCUCAAGUCUUGGAGGUAAAAGAAGAGGACAAACAGGGUGGUUUUGUUGGGGCAGUUAUGCUUGAAGUGGAGAACAUACAGGACGUCGGCUUAGCUGAAUCAGCAACGGGUGUGGGUGAAACAGAGGAGAUGAUGGAGGUGGAUGAUCCAAAUGAUGCAGGGCCUAUUGUGAACGUAGAAAACCAUACAAAUCAGAGUUGGGAGAAGGAGCCGCCAGCAUACACACAGCCAGAGCAUUUUGUUCAUCCUGAAAUAAAAGCUGAGAAAAGGUUGGAGCCCGCCACUUCUAGCUCUCCACUUGUGGAGAUUAAGGAUGAACCAAUGGAUGAGGAGUAUGAGAAAGCUCUCGACCCUCAGGCUCCAGCUGGGAAGAUAAAAGAUGAACCAGACACAUCUGACGAUUUUGGCCAGAAGGCAUCAGAGCAAAUCAAGAUCAGUGCUGUGUUCUCCGUUGGUGAAAGCUCUACUGCUUUAGGCUCUCCAACUGUGGCCCCCGCAGCAAAUGUGCCACCCAGCACCUCAGCACCUCUUCUGACGCUCUCUGGCAGCUCCCUGUGUCUGGUGUGUUCAGGCUGUAAAAAGAUUCUGCUUAAAGGCCAGACAGCGUUCCAGCGUAAAGGCAGCUCUCAGCUCUACUGUUCACCACGUUGCCUCUGCAGCAGCACGUUUGCUGACUGUGUGCCCCUGCCUAUCACUAAAAAGACUUGUCAUUACUGCCUCAAGGUAAUUCCCAACCCUAAGGAUAUCAUCCUUGCCCCAGUGGAUUCCACAAAGGCAGUUAAGGAAUUCUGCAGUCAGAAAUGUCUCAGCACCUUUAACUCCAAGAGGGAGAGUGCAACUUCUUCACUUACCACAAAAUGCGGCAUGUGUCAAAAAGCAUGCACUAUCCGCUAUGAGGUGAACUUCAUGGGCAACAUCCAGAAGCUAUGCAGUGACGCUUGCUUUCAACAAUUCCGUUCUUCCAAUAAGCUCAGUCUGAACUGCUGUAUAACCUGCGGGAGUUACUGCUACAGCGAUGGCAAGAGUCCGUCUUUGUUAGUCGACGGCACUGUUAAGAAGUUUUGCAGCCACAGAUGUGUCUCCACCUUCAAAAAGGAAUUAUCAUCAGAAGUGGAAUCCGCAGCAAGAGCUCUUAUUGAUGUGUUAGCCAGGGGCCUGGCUCCAUCUUCAUCAAGUGGCACUGGUACAUUAAGGAAUGCUAAUAUACCAAUAAGAGAAAACCUCCGAUUGAGUGGGACAAGUGGUCUUACUCCUUUGGCCGCUCUGCCAGAACCUGAAAAUAGGGUGAAACAGGCAUUGAGAAGGCAAUUCCCAAGUAUGUUUGGUACUGAAAAUGAUCAGCCUAGGGGCAAAAAACGUUUUUCUUUUGCCAAACCAGGCAUCGUGAAAAAAACUGAUUUUCAAAUUUAUGUGCUUCCCAAACCAACCCUGUUUACGCCAAAAGAAGAUGAAGCCCUUGAUCUUGUACAUGCUGGGCUUGGGAAAAGGCUGUUAACUGUUCCAGACAAUUUUAAACACUCUGAGAUUGUCAUUCUGCUUGAGGAAGAAUUUCCUAAAUUAAAAGUUCUUCAGGGGGGCUGGAUGUUUUACAAGUCUAAAGGUGGUGGAGGGCGGCGUAAGCUGUCUAUAAUUCCCACAGACUCCGAUGGAUACUCUACUCGGCUCCUGAAAUCGGUGUCGAAUAAUGGAAAGAACAUGCUUUUUGUGGUGCCACUUCAAGAGCAGCUUUCCAUUGAACCAUUACCCUUUGAUUCUGUGGAGUUUGCAAAGAUGCCACAGUCAAACUGUAUGAAAUGUGGCAGGAAGAUACCUCUGCCAUUGCUGCCCUUACACAUUAAAGAGUGCAAAGUGACUCAGACUGAGUCUGUUACUGAUGUGACUGUUCAUGAUGAUGAUGAUGAAAAUGUUAGUGGAGCCACUGACCAGCCAAGCUCACUUUUGCACAACUAG